AGGAAAGACCAGAAUCUGCUGUCACCAGUCAACUGUUGGUACCUGCUGCUGAACCAGGUUAGGAGGGAGAGUAAGGACCACGCAACACUGAGUGACAUCUACCUCAACAAUGUCAUCAUGAGGUUCAUGCAGAUCAGCGAGGACUCGACACGGCUACUCAAGAAGAGCAAAGAAAUAGCCUUUCAGCUCCAGGAAGACUUAAUGAAAGUCCUCAAUGAGCUAUACACAGUGAUGAAGACGUAUCACAUGUACCACUCGGAGAGCAUCAGCGCUGAGAGCAAGCUGAAGGAGGCUGAGAAGCAAGAAGAAAAGCAGAUUGGCAGGGCUGAUCCUGUCUUCAGCAUUCGAAUGGAGGAAAAAUACCCGAGGCGCAGCUCUGUGAAGAAAAUUGAGAAGAUGAAAGAGAAGCGUCAAGCCAAGUACUCCGAGAACAAGCUGAAGUCGAUCAAAGCGCGGAACGAGUACCUGCUGACGCUGGAAGCGACAAACUCAUCCGUUUACAAAUACUACAUCCACGACUUGUCGGACUUAAUUGAUUGCUGUGAUUUGGGUUACCACGCCAGUCUGAAUCGUGCCCUGCGGACUUACCUGUCUGCCGAAUACAACUUGGAGACGUCACGCCACGAGGGUCUUGACAUCAUCGAAAAUGCAGUGGACAGUUUAGAUCCACGAAGUGACCGACAGAGGUUCAUGGAGAUGUACCCUACGGCCUUCUGUCCUCCAGCAAAAUUUGAGUUCCAGCCUCACAUGGGAGACGAAGUAUGUCAGAUCUCAGUGCAGCCACCAGUGAAUGGGGAGCUUAUACUGAGGUUCCAGCAGCUGCAGUCUCGUAUAUCUACUCUGAAGAUUGAAAACGAAGAGGUAAAAUGGGGGCAAGAAAAACGGAAAAUGCAAUCCGGGUGUUUGUGUUGCAGGGGAUUUAGUUGCGUCAAACAUUCCACCGAAUCAGUCAAGUCCACAGUGUCGGAGACGUACCUCAGCAAGCCCAGCAUCGCCAAGAGGAGAGCCAACCAGCAAGAGACGGAGCAGUUCUACUUCAUGAAAUUCCGGGAGUUUUUGGAAGGCAGCAAUCUCAUCUCCAAACUGCAGGCCAAGCACGACUUGCUGAAGAGGGCACUUGGUGAAGGCCACCGAGCUGAAUACAUGACCACAAGACAUCCCAACGGGCCGUACAGAACCCUCACUGGCACCCGGCGGGCUAGACCCCGCUCUGUUUUUAAUGUUAGGUUAUUUAAUGGCAAUUUGGAGUCAUUUAUUAAGGACUCUGGACAAGCUAUUCCUCGUGUGGUUGAGAGUUGUAUUCGCUACAUAAAUUUGUAUGGCCUCCAGCACCAAGGAAUAUUUCGUGUACCUGGAUCUCAGCUGGAAGUCAACGACAUCAAGAACUCAUUUGAGAGAGGAAAUGACCCUCUGGCAGACGAUGAGAAUAAUCAUGACAUCAAUUCGGUGGCUGGCGUUCUCAAACUGUACUUCCGCGGUCUGGAGAACCCUCUUUUCCCCAAAGAGAGGUUCAAUGAGCUGCUGUCCUGCAUCAGAAUAGAAAACCUGUAUGAGAGAGCGCUGUACAUCCGUAAGAUCCUCCUGACCAUUCCCAGAUCGGUCCUCAUUGUGAUGCGCUACCUCUUUGCCUUCCUCAACCAUCUGUCCCAGUACAGUGAUGAGAACAUGAUGGACCCAUACAACCUGGCCAUAUGUUUUGGCCCAACACUCAUGCCCACACCAGACAGCCAGGACCAGGUCUCGUGCCAGGCCCACGUCAACGAGAUCAUCAAGACGAUCAUCAUCCACCACGAGACCAUCUUUCCCGAUGUCAAAGAACUGGAUGGGCCCAUCUAUGAGAAGUGCAUGGCGGGCGGGGACUACUGUGAGAGCCCCUAUAGCGAGCAUGGAGCUCUGGAGGAGGUAGACAAUGAGGGAGGAACAGAGACGCACACCAGCGAGGAUGAGGGCGAGCCUAUUGAAGCCAUCGCCAAGUUUGACUACGUCGGGCGCUCUUCUCGAGAGUUGUCUUUCAAGAAGGGCGCCUCCCUGCUGCUGUAUCAACGGGCGUCUGAAGACUGGUGGGAGGGGAGGCACAAUGGGAUUGAUGGCCUGGUGCCACACCAGUACAUUGUAGUCCAAGACAUAGAUGACAACUUCUCAGACACUCUGAGUCAGAAGGCUGACAGCGAGGCCAGCAGUGGCCAUGCUGGGGAGGAUAAAUGCUCAGGAAAAGACAUCGGUUCACCCAAUGACACCAGGAUCUCUGAAGCCUUCAUCACCAGAAUUCCUCCGUCCAAUCUUGCCUUCUUGUUUUUUUUCUCUCUUUUUUCAUCUUCACCCUCCUGCUCGUGUCUUGCCUAUGUCAUUAUCAUCCUCUCUCACGCACAUUUUUCUCCUCUCCUGCAGGACAUAGAGGAAACUAUGAACACUGCUCUGAACGAGCUGCGAGAGCUGGAGCGGCAGAGCUCAGCCAAGCACGCCCCCGACGUGGUGUUGGACACCCUGGAGCAGCGGCAGACCUCCGGCAGCAGCGGCGGAGGUCCGACACCGGCCAGCUCCAGCGAGUCCCUCAGCCCCAUCCACGGCGUCAUGCUGAGGUCAACUGCCAACACUGAGCCGCCCGCCCGCCGCAGCACCAGCUCCUCCAAUGAUUCCGUGAGCACGUUCAAGCCCGUGGUAGCACCACGCAUGGGGGUGCAGCUCAAACCCCCCGCUUUGAGGCCCAAGCCCAUGGUCUUACCAAAAUCAAAUCAGGCCCCUCAGCCUCCUGCUAAUUCUUCUCAGGACCCUCUGGAUAAGUCCUGCACCAUGUAACCUCCAGGGCGGGAAUCGGGGAAUGUAAAUAAAAAACUCUCAAUCUAGUUCCCAAGAGACUGUGAAACCAGCGUUUACAGUUCUCAGAGAGAGUACAAGUAAUAUCUAAGAGUGUGUAAAAUACUUGGCCCUGGAUUGGAGACAUUUCUUUUUGAUGGUUUGAAUCUGAAAACAAGAAUUUAAAGAGGAUUAGGUCUGAGUUAUUGAUGUAGGAGUUGUAGUGAAGACAGAUUUGUCAGCCAGAUAUGUCUGUUGUCUCAGAUUUGUGUUAAUAUGUUUAGGUAAUAUUAAUAUUAAAUAACAGAUAUCUUUAAAAAAAAAAAAAAGAAUUGAAAAACAACAAAUCACAAAGGCUUCCGGAAAGUUUUAGAAAAUGUACACAUUAGUUUAGUUUACAGAUGAUAAUGAACUGUAACUCUGAACAACAUAUGGUGCAUGCAGUUCUUGAACCUGUGGUGAGAGCUGUAGUGACCACAGGGGGAGGAACUCGAUUUUUCUUUCCCUUUUAUCUAGAAUGGCCUUCGGAGGUGUUGCGAACCAGUACGUAGCUCAUACAUCAGAUGUUCGUUAAUAGAAAAGGUGCUGUGACUUGCUGGGCAGAAAGAGUUUUAAGGAGCUAAAAGAGCCCUUUACAGAUGAUUUAUUAAUGGUACUCUGUUAAUAAAUGAAUAGUAUGCUUUUUCCCACUCGCAUGUAAACUGCAGCUUUCUUCAGCAAAGCAUGCCAUCUGCUGUGUUUCGUUAAGUACAAAGAUCACCUCUGUGCUGGCUUCACUCAGAUUUAUUUAAGCAUAUUGCCUGGAAUGACAGAUGAUGAUUGGAUAAAACCACUAUUGCUUUAUGACUUUUACGUCUGAACAUUUUGAUGCGUUCAUAAAUUCCUGCAACGUUAUCUUAGAUUGUGGGAAGAAAUGUGUUUGCUUUUGCAUCUGUGCAACCUUUAGGGAGAAAAUGAUGAUGAAAAAUAUGUUGUUACACUGCGUGGACUACAUGCCAUAGCUUCCUAUUAUGCCUUGUUUGGCUUUAUUUACCCAAAGACAUGAGUUAUAAGUCAAAACACGGAUACUGAUCCUUCAUGUUUAGACUCAAGGUGGCGCCCUGUGGUUGUGCUGCCAGUAGCCAUGGACCUGAUGACUGUUAGUUGUAAAAGCCUCCUCAUACGUCCCCCCUGCUUCCUGUGCUUCUCUUUGCGAAGGUGUUUGAAAACAGCAGCUUGCUUUGAGUCCUCUAGUCUGUUUUAUAUUUGGGAAAGAAUGUCAAUAAUGUUUGCGUACUGCUCUCAGACUGACGUCGAAGCUCUUUUCGCGCAUUUACCGAUUUGUGUGGAUGAUACUUAGAAGUGCAUGAAAAGAAAUGGGCUACGUGGGUCAGUCAGCUCCUAUAUAAUGAUUUCAAAAUGCAAUAGCCUCAUAAAAUUGUAUGUGCCAGACUUCCAGUUUUGUGGCUGCACCCCUGUUUUUGUUUUUUAACCUCUGUACUGUAGAAAUAACAGAGCCGGGUGCAUGUCAUCGGAGCGUUUGGCUAGCAUAGUUACAUAUAGAAAAGAGUUUGGUAGUUAGGUUGCAGUGCAUAAGCAAUGCUCUCUAACAGCAGGUUUACACUAUCUUUGACUUGACAAAUAUUAUAUGUAUAAAUAAUUAAAGGUUAAUUAAUUUCUGAAUUACUAACUUUCAUUAUUUUUGUAAUCUUCUUUUUGUUAUAUUUGUUGUGUUUCUGGGUAGAAAUCACUUAGAAGAUAUGAUGUAGAAUAAAUAUCCAGAGAUACAGGUGUCCCACCUAUAGUGUGAAGCCAGUUGUGUAUAUAAAAAAAUGUGUUUUUGUCACUAUGUAACAUCAGCAACAGUAGGACUCGAGUUAUGCCGUCUGUAGGCUUUAAGCUACUCUGUGGUGUUAUGUACAUCUGUAUUCUGUGAAAGUGCCUUUGGAAAUGUUUUAGAGGAACUUCAGACACUCUGCCCGGAUAUUAGAUGCCGUGUUUUUGAGAAAAUGCAGUGCAGGAUGAUGAAGUGUGUAAGAAAUGAUGCCAUUUUCCUAACAGUUAUAUGGCAGAAUUGAUCAUAAAUAAACAGCUUACUCAAUGUGACAUUGCACUUUUAUGUAUAUAACUGUAUAUAUGGCAUGUAAUAUCAUAACGUUUAGAGUUCAUUCAAGGAUUUCUUUCUAAUAAAGGAAAUAGUUUGUCGA